UCCAACGGGGAGUGGUCAUUCAUUAUUCCAACCAAGUAACGCCGUUUCCUUCCCCAGCCUCUCAGACAUUGCGCGUCGUUGAACGAAACUGCUCAGCUUCUGCUUCUCUCUGUAAGCGUUUCACAGGAUAGCUUUUGCUUCCUCUCUGUGGUUGUUGAUGUUGUAGCCGCUUGUCUCAAACUGUUACGUUAAAAGCUGUCUCCUAAGUUUGGUGGUGGAAACGGGAUCUCGGCUUUUUGUCUGCGUGGAAGGAAUAAGGAGGAUUCAGAUUGGUUCUAAAGCGUGACAAGACAAAUCCUUUUAUUUUCAUAAGUAAUUUUUGUUAUUUUCAUUUUUUGUGGGUUUGUUGACUUGUGUUGAACCAUGUUGAACCGUGGGUCAAAUCUGAUUAUGGUUUCUGGUUUGUUUUUGUUGUGAGGCAGUGGUUGGUUCGGGUGAGAGCGAGAAUGAGCUGUAUGAGCAGCUAUGGAAAGCUUGUGCGGGACCACUGGUGGAUGUUCCUCGUGUUGGCCAGAGAGUGUUCUAUUUUCCCCAAGGUCACAUGGAGCAAUUAGAGGCCUCCACCAACCAGGAACUGAAUCAGAGGAUUCCUCUGCUGAAGCUUCCCACGAAGAUCCUUUGUCGUGUCGUGAACGUUCAUUUACUGGCGGAGCAAGAAACAGAUGAGGUUUAUGCACAGAUCACUUUGGUGCCAGAAUCUAACCAAGAUGAGCCUACAAGCCCUGAUCCAUGCACUACUGAACUUCCAAGGCCGCCAGUUCACUCAUUCAGCAAGGUCUUAACUGCUUCGGAUACCAGCACCCAUGGCGGUUUCUCUGUUCUUAGGAAACAUGCCACGGAAUGCCUUCCUGCAUUGGACAUGUCCCAACCAACACCAACUCAGGAAUUGGUUGCCAAGGAUCUUCAUGGUUAUGAAUGGCGCUUUAAGCAUAUAUUUAGAGGUCAGCCGCGCAGACACUUGCUCACAACCGGAUGGAGUACUUUUGUGACUUCCAAGAGAUUAGUUGCUGGAGAUACCUUUGUGUUUUUAAGAGGUGACAAUGGAGAAUUACGUGUUGGAGUGAGACGUCUUUCUCGUCAAGCAAGUAGCAUGCCUUCAUCUGUGAUUUCCAGUCAGAGCAUGCACCUUGGAGUUCUAGCAACUGCCUCUCAUGCUGUUGCAACUCAGACACUUUUUGUAGUAUAUUAUAAGCCAAGGACGAGCCAGUUCAUCAUAGCCGUGAACAAGUAUUUGGAGGCUAUGGACAACAAGGUUGGUGUUGGCAUGAGGUUUAAGAUGAGGUUUGAGGGGGAUGAUUCUGCUGAGACUGACAGAAGAUUUUCGGGUACCAUAGUUGGAGUUGAAGAUAUUUCACCUCAUUGGAUUAAUUCAAAAUGGCGAUCACUCAAGGUUCAAUGGGAUGAACCUUCAGCUGUUCCAAGACCUGAUAGGGUUUCUCCAUGGGAGAUAGAACCGUUUGUGGCUUCUUCAUCUACACCCUCAGUUCAACCUACUGCUGUAAAGACUAAGAGGGCUCGACCUACCAGUGAAAUUCCAGAUGUUGAUACAACAUCUGCUGCUUCUGUUUACUGGGAUGCUGGGCUCAAACAGGUUGACAUGACACAACUUAAUGUUUUAGCUGAAAGCAAAAGGAGUGACAGUACCGGUAUGUGGCAUCAUAAACAAGCUGAUAUGAAUAGUAAAAGCAACUGCAGCGGCACUAUGUUAAGAAAUCAGACAGAAGGAAGUUGGCUAUCUUCUCCCCAUUCUAGUUGUCUUUCUCACUUAUUUCAGGAUGCAACAGAUGACAAGAGUGCCUCAGCUUGGCCUGUUUCAAAGCCUAACUCAUCCAGAUUGAACAAUGAUAAUGUGUUUGACCAAGUUGACAAGGAGAACAAAGUCGAGAAUGCUAUGAGUUAUCGAUUGUUUGGAAUUGAUCUUAUUGAUCAUUCUAGAAACUCACCUGCUGUAGAGAAGGCAUCUACACAUGCAGUAAAUGCACCCAGAAUCAUUGCUGAUGGCUGUGCCAGCACCUUGUCCAGAACUGAUACUGGCCACAAGUCCGAUGCAUCACCAAAGGAAAGUCAGAGCAAGCAAAUUUGUCGAAGUCGUACCAAGGUUCAAAUGCAGGGUGUUGCAGUGGGUCGUGCUGUGGAUUUGACCAUGUUGGAUGGAUAUGAUCAACUUAUACAUGAAUUGGAGGAUAUGUUUGACAUAAAGGGACAGCUUAAACACAGGAAUAAGUGGGAAAUCGUCUUUACUGAUGACGAAGGGGACAUGAUGCUUGUGGGAGACGAUCCUUGGCCUGAAUUCUGUAAUAUGGUGAGGCGAAUCUUCAUUUGUUCCAGCCAGGAUGUGAAGAAGAUGAGUUCCGGAAGCAAACUGCCAAUAUCUUCAGUUGAAGAAGGGACAGUAAUAAGUUCAGACACUACCGAAACCUGAAACAUUGACAUUCUUUCUUGUCAUUUAACGUUUCUGUUGUAAGCACCCAAAUGUUUGAUCCUUCUUGUUGAUUCUAUUGUUUGUGGGAAGGAAGUUGGUCUAUUUGGGCUAGGUAAGUUUCAUGUUAAUAGAUGUGAAACACUAGCUAAUUGUAACUUAAUUUUUAGAGACACCAGCCAUUAAUUGUGCUAGAAAGACCAAAAUAGAUUACUUUAAUAAAGUAGUGGGAGAUGUCAAAUUUAGGAUUAGCAUUUGUGAAUAUUCUCAUUAUGUUAGAAGAAUGUUGGGAGUUGAUGCUUUGAAGACUUGUCUUUUUUUGGUUAAGGGGCCUAUUUGUGCUUGUAUGCAUAGUGUGCACUGUGCCUUCUAAAAUUGUAAUCUGGGUGAGUCAAUUUCUCUUGCUGUCAUCAGUGACUGUGAAUUAUGGCAUUAAAUUGCUGCAAUUGUAUUGUUCAGAAAUACAGUGGUCCACUGUACCAGUGAAUCACUGAUUCGCCUGACAAAUGGGUUGAAUCUUGCAGUGCAGGGUGGUGGCACCCCCCAAAAUUCAACAGUAAAAUUUCAAGUUUUUACUCAAGUCUCAGUAGAGAAGGGUCACCUACGUGCCAUGUUCCGUUUGAAACAAAAUUCUUUUCAUUACAUAUAUACAUAUAUUCUAGAUCGGUGAGUAGUUCAUGGAUGAAAGUUAGAUUCGUAUUUACUUAAUAGGAGCUGAUGAAACUGUAAAAAAGUGUAAAUGCCUAUUUUAUUGUCAAUAUGUUUGUACUUAGUAGCUAAAUUGUUACCGUUUCUAGUCCUUGAGACCGUGUGACGUUGAAUCAAGAUCUUGCAUCUCCUAAGGUGGAAAAAAUACAAAGCGUUUAAUUCCUUCU